AUGGCAGACAUCAAGAACUUCCUGUAUGCUUGGUGUGGGAAGAAGAAACUUACACCCAGCUAUGACAUUCGACGGGCUGGAAACAAAAACCGGCAGAAGUUUCUGUUUCGUAUUGAGGAAUUCAACUACACUGGAAUGGGAAACUCCACCAAUAAGAAGAAUGCCCAGGCAAAUUCUGCCAGAGACUUAGUCAAUUAUCUUGUCCGAGAUGGAGAAAUGAAUGCAGCUGAAGUCCAAGCCCUUGGGGUAAGUGUACCUGACUUCAGUGGGGGAGCAGGGGGUGAUAAAGGCAACGUCAGCUUUGGAAGUCUUCCUCCAAGUGGACCUGUCCCACCUCACCUGGUUGUGAAAGCUGAGCAAGCAAAUGCACCUUCUGGACCAGUCCCAGGUGUCACUGGUUUGGGAUAUUCGGGAGGUGAUGGUGGAGGCAAUUAUUCUGGAGGUGCUGGAAACAGCAAUGCUCCGUGGGAUCGUGGGGCCAAUCUGAAGGACUACUACUCAAAGAGAGAUGAGCAAGAGGCACAGGCGACUCUGGAGUCUGAGGAGGUAGAUCUGAAUGCAGGACUCCAUGGCAACUGGACUUUAGAGAAUGCCAAAGCCCGUAUGAACCAGUUUUUCCAGAAGGAGAAGAAUCGGGGGGGGGGGGGUUGGCACCCCUGGAGCUUUUUUGCUGAGAUGCAGUUAUUUGUUAGACAGCUUGGUAGAAAGAUAAUUGCCCGCGAGCAUGGCUCUAACAGGAAGCUGGCGGCCCAGUCCUCUGCGCUGUCUAUCGUCCGUCAACUUUACCAUCUGGGUGUCAUUGAGCCUUAUACUGGCAUUACUAAGAAGAAAGAGGGGGAAAAACGUUUGGAAGCUUUUGAGGUGAAUGUGGUGGAUGAUCUGCAACAUCAGCUAAAGAGUAUUGCCCUGGGUGUUGUAAUUCCACCUCCACCACCUGAUCCAAGUACCCCAGUGUCCCUAGUCCAAGGAAAGAUGGCUCUGUUUGAGCCCUCCCAGAGAAAGAGCUUGGCCGGGGUAGUGCCCUGGUCCCCUCCGCAAGUCAACUGGAACCCCUGGACCAGCAGCAAUAUUGAAAAGGGCCCACUAGCAUUUUGCACCCCAGAGCAAAUCAGCGCUGACCUCCAACAUGAGCUGACCUGUCAAUUGAAACAAGAUCAAAGCCAAACAGAAGGUGUCAUUGGGGAGCGAGAUGGGCUUCCAGUGAAGAAUUUUGAGAGAGAGAUCAUGUCUGCUGUUCAGGGUAACUCAGUGGUGAUCAUUCGAGGGGCGACUGGCUGUGGCAAAACCACCCAGGUUCCCCAGUACAUCCUGGAUCAGUUCAUCAAGAGUGGGAGGGCGUCCGCAUGUAACAUUAUUGUAACCCAGCCCCGGCGUAUCAGUGCAGUGUCUGUUGCAGAGCGUGUUUCCUACGAGAGAGGAGAGGAUGUCGGUAAGAGCUGUGGGUACAGUGUCCGCUUUGAAUCCAUCCUUCCAUGGCCCCAUGCCAGCAUCAUGUUCUGCACUGUUGGUGUGUUACUGCGGAAGCUGGAAACAGGUAUUCGUGGGAUCAACCAUGUGAUUGUGGGUGAAAACCACGAGAGAGACCUCAAUACUGACUUCCUCAUGGUGGUGCUGAAGGACGUGGUCCAGACAUACCCAGAAGUGCGCAUCAUCCUCAUGUCCGCCACCAUCGAAACCACCAUGUUCAGAGAGUACUAUUUCAACUUCCCCGUCAUCGAGGUGUUCGGCCGCACAUUCCCAGUACAAGGUAGGAGAGCUCAUACUUUUUUAGAAGAUUGCAUUCAGAUGACUCAUUUUAUUCCUCCUCCAACUGAUAGAAAGAGAAAGGAUGAGGAACGAGGAGAUGAAGAGGCCGACUGUAAUGUGAUAUGUGGGCCAGAUUACACCCCAAAGACAAAGCGCUCCAUGGCCCAGAUGAAUGAGAAGGAGACUCCCUUUGGGCUGGUGGAGGCCCUGCUGAAGUACAUUGAGACCCUCCAGGUGGCCGGGGCCGUGCUUAUCUUCCUGCCCGGCUGGAACCUCAUCUACUCCAUGCAGAAACACCUGGAGAUUAACCCACACUUUGGUGUGCAGAAAGUGAAGCUGUUCUCGUCUCACAACAACAUGCCCAACUACGCCAUGGUCUGGGGCUCCAAAACCAACCUGGAGCAGAGGAAGAGUCGGGCCGGCCGCGUCCGGGCUGGCCUCUGCUUUUAUCUGUGUAGCAGAGCACGCUUUGACAAACUGGAGACCCAUAUGACCCCUGAGAUAUUCCGUACUCCUCUCCACGAGGUAGCCCUGAGCAUCAAGCUGCUGAGACUAGGAUCCAUUGGCCAUUUCCUUUCCAAGGCCAUCGAGCCCCCUCCCCUGGACGCAGUUAUCGAGGCAGAACACACACUGAAAGAACUGGAUGCCUUGGACACAAAUGACGAGUUGACUCCUGCAAAGCUUCCAAUCGAGCCACGGCUGGGAAAGAUGAUGAUUAUGGGCUGCAUAUUCAAUGUUGGAGAUGCAGUGUGCACCAUCUCAGCAGCAUCAUGCUUCCCAGAGCCCUUCAUCAAUGAUGGCAAGCGCUUGCGCUACGUGCACCGUAACUAUGCUGGCACCCGCUUCACAGACCACGUGGCACUGCUGUCAGUCUUCCAGGCUUGGGACGAUGUGAGAAUGGGAGGUGAGGAUGCGGAGUCCAGAUUCUGUGAACACAAGAGGCUCAACAUGUCCACACUGAGGAUGACCUGGGAGGCCAAAGUGCAGCUGAAGGAGAUCCUCAUCAACUCUGGCUUCCAUGAGGAGUGCUUGAUACAGAUGUUCAACAACGUUGGACCUGACAACAACCUUGACGUGGUCAUCUCUCUCCUGACAUACGGCUCCUAUCCCAACGUGUGCUACCACAAGGAGAAGAGGAAGAUUCUCACCACUGCGGGGCGCAAUGCCCUCAUCCAUAAAUGCUCCGUCAACUGCCCUUUCAGCAGCCAGGACAUGACCUACCCAUCACUGUUCUUUGUCUUUAGCGAAAAGAUCCGGACUCGAGCCAUCUCCGCCAAAGGAAUGACACUAGUCAGCCCACUCCAGCUGAUCUUAUUUGCCGCCAAGAAAAUCACAUCAAACGGAGAAAUCAUUGAGCUGGAUGAUUGGAUCAAACUGAAGAUACCUCAUGACGUGGCGGCUGCAUUGAGGGCUGGAAUGGAGGCCCUUGUUGUGGAAGUCAUCAAAGACCCUGAGUACAUCAGACAGCUGCACCCCACAAACGAGCGUUUGCUCAACAUCAUCCGCCAAAUCGCCAAGCCCUCCGCAGCCGGGCUUAACCUCAUGGUCAACAAUCUACGUUUUGGCGAUGGUCCACGUCCUCCUAAAAUGGGCAGGUUUGAUGGAAGUGGAGGAGGGUACAGAGGAGGAGGAAGUGGUGGCGGAUACCGUGGAGGUGGUGGAUACAGGGGGUGUCAGGGAUAUUAGACCAUGUAACUUUUUGGAUGUUGUAUAUAAAAAUGCAUAAUAUGAUGUUUGUUUAUUUGACUGUAAUAUUUGAAAAAUGUCUAAGGAUGUUUUUGUUUUAGUUGUGCAUUGUGUGACCCCC